AUGGCCAUAUCCAAAAACCUCUUCAACAUGGUCCAAAAAAAGUUCCACAAAUCAUCUCACACAGAUACCAAUCUUUCCAAUACAAGUUCUAGUGAAGAAGCCAUUGUUAGAGAAGAAACAGCCAACUUUGAAGAAGAUAUUAUAGCUUCACCAACACCUUCAUCAUCACAAAAGAAGGAUUUAACCAAAGAAGAUGUUAAAGCCAUCAAAAUUCAAUCUUUUUUUCGAGGCUAUCUUGCAAGAAAGGCAUUUCGAGCACCUAAGACCAAGGUAAAAAGGUUAGGAAAAAAUAGAAUGGGAAUGCCCAAAAAUUGCUUCAAAAUGGUCCAAUUAAAGUUUGGCAAAUCAUCUCAAACCAACACUAGUCCAAGUGGAUCCAUUGAAGGAAUAAAUGUUAUAGAAGAAACCACCUAUAUUUCUGAAGAGCCCAAUAGUUCAGCUUCAUCAACACAAUUAUUCCAAAAGAAAGAUUUAACCAAAGAAGACAUUGCUGCAAUCAAGAUCCAAUCAUUUUCCAGGGGCCAUCUUGCAAGAAAAUCACUUAGAGCACGUGAGAACAUUGUAAAGAGCUCAAAAAAGAAGGAAACCGGAAUGUCACAAAAGUAUUUCAGCAGAGUCCAAAGAAAGUUUCGUAAAAGAUCACAAAGAGAUAUUACUUCUCCCCAAACCCAUACUAGUCCAAACAAUUCCACUGAAAAAUCAAAUGAUCAGGAAGAAACUAUCAAGUUUGAAGACCCCAAUAGUGCAGCUUCAUCUUCAUCAUCACCCCAAAUGAAAGAUUCAACCAAAGAAGAUGUUGCAGCCAUCAAGAUCCAAGCAACUUUUCAAGGCCAUCGUGUAAGACAAACAUUUCGAGCACUUGAGAACAUUGCAACAAGUUCCAAAAAGAAAGAAAUGGGAAAACACCAAAAUUGCUUCAACAUAGUCCAAAUAAGGUUGCACAAAAGAUCUCAUAAAGAUAAAAUUUCUCCUCAUGCCAACACCAGUCCAAGUGGUUCUAUGGAAGAAGCAAUUGUUGAAAAAGAAGCAACUAAUUUUGAAGAUCUCAAUGGUGCAACUUCAUCAAUACCAUCAUUCCAAAGGAACGAUUUAACUAAAGAAGAUAUUGCAGCCAUCAAGAUCCAAGCAAUUUUUCGACGUCAUCGUGCAAGACAAAUAUUACAAGCAAGUGAGAGCAUUGUAACGAGCUCAGAAAAGGAAAGAGUAAGAAAACCUCAAAAUUACUUCAACAUAGUGCAAAGAAGGUUUCGCAAAAGAUCUCAAAGAGAUGCAAUUUCUUCCCAUGUCAACACUAGUCCAACAAAUUCCAUUGAAAAAGCGAUUGUUAAAACAGAAUCCGUCACUUUUGAAGAUCCUAGUGGUGCAGCUUCAUCAGCACAACCAUCCCAAAGGAAAGACUUAACCAAAGAAGAUGUUGCAGCUAUCAAGAUCCAAGCAAUUUUUCGAGGCCAUCAUGCAAGGCAGAGAUUUCAAGCACGUGAGAGCAAUGUAACAAGCUCCAAAGAGAAGAGAAUGGGAAAACCCGAAAAAUUCUUAAAGAUAGUUCAAAGAAGGUUACACAAAAGAUCUCAUAGAGAUACCAUUUCUCUCCGUACCAAUACUGGUCAGAACAAUUCCACUGAAGAAGCAAUUGUUGAAAAAGCAACCACCAAUUUUGAAGAUCCUAGCAGCGUAGCCAUUGUUAAAAAAGAAUGCACUAACUCUGAAUAUACCAAUGGUGCAACUUCAUCAACACCAACAUCCCAAGAAAUCACCAAUUUUGAAGAUCACAGUGGUGUAGCUUCAUUAGUACCAUCAUCCCAAAGGAAAGAUUUUAACAAAGAAGAUAUUGCAGCCAUCAAGAUCCAAGCAAAUUUUCGAGGCCAUCGUGUAAGACAAAUAUUUGGAGCACGUGAGAGGGUUGUAACAAGCUCAAAAAAGAAGAGAAUAGGAAAACCCCAAAAUUGCUUCAACAUAGUCCAAAGAAGGGUUCGCAAGAGAUCUCAUAGAGAGACAAUUUCUCCCCAUGCUACCACUAGUCCAAGCAAUUUCACAGAAGAAGCAAUUGUUAAGAAAGAGAGUUCUAACUUUGAAGAUACCAGUGGUGCACCAAUUGUUAAAAAUGAAAGCACGAGUGCAGCUUCAUCAGCACCACCAUCCCAAGAAAGCACCAAUUUUGAAAAUUCUAGUGGUGCAACAAUUGUUAAAAAAGAAAGCACCCAUUUUGAAGAUCCCAAAGAUGUAGCUUCAUCAACACCAUUAUCCCAAGAAAUCACCAAUUUUAAAGAUCUCAAUGGUGCAGUUUCGUCAGCACCAUCAUCCCAAAGGAAAGAUUUAACCAAAGAAAAUGUUGCAGCCGUCAAGAUCCAAGCAAUUUUUCGAGGCCAUCGGGCAAGACGAGGAUUUUUGUCACUUAAGAGCUUGGUACCAAGCUCUAGAAAGAAGGAAAACUCGCGUAGAACAGCACAGACGUCCCAAAAUUUGUUCAACAUAGUUCGGAGAAAGUUUCGCAAAACACCACAUAGGGAUAUCAUUUUAUCGCAUACCAACACUUGUGCAAGAAGCUCCACCGACGAAGCUAUUGUACCAGAAGAAACAAUCAAUUUUGAAAACGCCAAUGGUGCAGCUUGCUCAAUACAGUUAUCCAAGAAGAAAGAUUUAACCAAAGAAGAUAUUGCAGCCAUCAAGAUCCAAACAUCUUUCAGGGGCCAUCUUGCACGACAGGCAUUUCGAGCACUCAAGAGCCUGGUGAAGCUGCAAGCAGUGGUUCGUGGGGUAUGUGUGAGGAAACAGGCACGUAUAGCCCUGCAUUGCAUGCACGCACUUGCUCAAUUGCAGGUUAGAGUUCGGGCACGGCAGCUCCUUAACAGUGAUGAGGUGUUGUGAUGGCUAAUACAUUGGAACACUGGACCCAAACCUUACUCAUGAUCAUAACUAUUAUUGAGGCACCGAAGCUUUAUUAGUUUAACGCAUAGAAUCCCUAUAUGUGCUUGAUAUUUUGUA